AUGCCCAACACCUCACCACAGGAACCAAACCACACCACCCCCGCCAACCCCUUCGGUCCUCUCAUCGCCACUAGCUUCCGCUCGAACGGUAUUUUGCGCCAGUACCACGAUUACAACCCUGCCGCAAACAUGUCCACCCAAAACGAUCCCUUUCGCAUUGGCGCAACGCAUGCUACUAAACGCCGGAACGAUCUAAGUGAAGGAAUGGCUGAAGAGCGAGACGACGCAGCAGAAGAAAGGAUUGCAACAGCCUCUGAGCGUAGUCGUAGCUGGGAUAGCUUGGCAGAAGGCGCGAUGAGUGAGGAUGUCGAGGGUAGUGGAGAUAGUGGAGAUGGUCAAGGAAGUGAUGCGUCUAGUCGUACCUUAGGUCGGUCGGAUGCGUCGGGUUCUACGCUUGCAGCCGACGACGAUGAUGGGAAGGAAGUUAGUGAGGGUGAAGAAGAUUCAGAUGAGAGCAUGGAGGACAUCGAGAGCGACAGGGAUGAGGACGAAGAGAGUGAGACGUCUAGUCACACGGUGGGACGGAGCGAAGACUCAGACUCUGGAGAUGACGGCGGUGAUGAAGAUAGCGAUGAAGAGAUGGGCGAGUCUGAUGAGGAAGGCGAUGUGUUUGGGGAGAGUUAUAGGGAGGGUAGUAGGAAGUAG